GCUGCGGCGCAGUGCAUCCUGGGUUGGCGUAGCCAUGGCGUCUCGUGUCCUUUGCGCCUGUGUCCGCCGCCUGCCCGCGGCCUUCACGCCGCUGCCCCGGCUUCCCACGUUGGCCUUGGCCCGGCCGCUCAGCACCACUCUCUGCCCUGAGGGAAUCCGGAGGAGACCCGGGACUCUGCAGCCCGCCUUGGCGCUCGCGCAGGUGCCUGGACCAGUCACACACUUGUGCCGCCAGUACAGUGACGCACCCCCACUGACGUUAGAGGGAAUCAAGGACCGAGUUCUGUAUGUCUUGAAACUCUAUGAUAAGAUUGACCCAGAAAAGCUCUCAGUAAAUUCUCAUUUUAUGAAGGACCUGGGCUUAGACAGUUUGGACCAAGUGGAAAUUAUUAUGGCCAUGGAAGACGAAUUUGGGUUUGAAAUUCCUGAUAUAGAUGCAGAGAAGUUAAUGUGUCCACAAGAAAUUGUAGAUUACAUUGCAGAUAAGAAGGAUGUGUAUGAAUAAAGUAUCAGAUGUCUUUAUUCCAUGACGAGCUUGAGUAUUUAUUGUACACUGACAACCAAGAGUGAACCACAUAGGAUGCAUGUGGCUGUUGACUGGAACUUACUCCAGGUUAUUUUGGUAAUAUUACCCCAAGAUGUAAACAGCUACUUUAAAUCCCAGGGUAGCUGAAGAUUUGGCCCCCAAAUGCAUGUGGAUUGUUUCUGCUGAAGCUCACUAAGUACUACUUGCC